CCUCUCCGCCGUUCAGGGCUGACGCAAGGACUCGGCGGUUUUUCCUUCGCGUAGCGUUGAAAGGCGCUCCACCGUUAACGCCGGCGGCCGAUCUUUUAAAACACAGCACUGAGCUUUUUAUCGAAGCGAGUGGCUCGCAGGCUAGUUCUUUAGACAUACAAGGCUGACAAAAAAAAAAGGAGACCCAGGGUCCAUUGACAGGGCCCACCAUUCUCGAAAAGUCCGCCAACCCCGCCGCGCCGCCGUAGGUUCGGUGUUUUCCGAUUUUCGAAUCGGAAAAAACCGCACCUCACCGGGGCAAAUGGUGCCCUCAACAGCGACGAGCUGCCUGCAACGCUGGAACAACUUUGCCCGGGUGAGCUAGGGCCGUGCGGCACCUAGUUGAUAAGAGCAGCUAGGCCAUUUAGAAGCGACGCUUCGCCUCCUCAUCCAGCCUUCACAAACAGAAGCGGCAGACCCACAGCUGCCGUGCAACGUUAGAGGCACCAAGGUUGCCCGACUCCUGUUUGUGCUGCAGCGAGUGCCGGCCGGCUCGGAGCAAGAGCCGUCGGCAACCAGUGCUGCCCUUCUGUUGGGGAUUCCCGGCUCCUCCUAAUUCGUCGGGAAUACGGUGGACCCCACAGAAACAGUCUCGGGGAAGUGCAUCUGAGGCACUCACUCCUCUUAAACUACGUGUCGUGCCACGGCCUCCUUUCCCGAGCUUAAACUGACCCAGGCUGUGUCGGUGUAGAACUCUUGGAAGACUCCUUCAAGACUCCUAAGAGUAGCUCUAGCCCUCCACCAUGACGAUCACGUACUCGCUGAACGUCUCGGAGGCCAGGCUGUGCGGCUUCGCCAAGCUGCUGCUGCGAUGGCGUGGCAGCAUCUACAAGCUCCUCUACCGGGAGAUGAUCAUCUUCUGCACCCUGUACUUUGGCCUGAGCGCCCUCUACCGGCACAUACUCAACGAUCACCAAAAAGCUGUCUUUGAAAGCCUGGCCAAGUACUGCGAAAAGUUCACGGACCUGAUCCCGCUCUCAUUCGUGCUCGGCUUCUACGUAUCCAUCGUUGUUGGCCGCUGGUGGCAGCAGUACAUGAAUGUGCCCUGGCCCGACAAAGCGGUGAUGGCCAUAGCAGCGUACGUGAACGGCACUGACGAGCGUGGCCGCGUAAUCCGGCGCACGAUGGCCCGCUACCUGUCUCUCCUGUCGGCGCUCACUUUCCAAGCCAUCAGCACGGCGGUCAAGAAACGCUUCCCAACACUCGACCACAUGGAGGAAGCCGGCCUGAUGACCAAGGAGGAGCGGCGCGUGUACGACUCAAUCCCGGUGUCCCACGGCAAGUGGUGGGUGCCGGCACAGUGGUUCGUCGCGCUGGCCGUCCGCGCCCGCAAGGAAGGACGCAUCAAGGACGACAUCCUGCUCAAGCAUCUGCUCCAGGAGAUGCACGAGUUUCGUGGCUGCUGCGGCAUGCUGUACAGCUACGACUGGAUCAGCAUCCCCCUGGUUUAUACGCAAGUGGUGACGCUGGCCAUCUACACCUACUUCCUGGCCACAGUCAUGGGCCGGCAGUAUCUCAGUUCGUCCUCGGGCGAUGAGAUUGACCUGUACAUCCCCGUCUUCACCAUCCUGCAAUUCUUCUUCUACAUGGGCUGGUUAAAAGUGGCUGAACAACUUAUAAACCCCUUUGGUGAAGACGAUGACGAUUUCGAACUGAACUGGUGCCUAGACAGAAACCUGCAGGUAUCAUUCCAAAUUGUGGACGACAUGCACCAGCGACACCCCCGGUUGGUACGCGACAUCUACUGGGAUGAGGCAGAACCACAGCUUCCUUACACCAAGUCCUCGGUGAACCUCCGCACUCAGCCACACCUGGGUUCAGCAAUGACUCUCGAUGUGGACCCAGAGGAAUCCGAGUUCGUUCCCAUGGAGACCAUCCUGGAGGAGGACCAUGACGAGCACAAGUACUCGAGCCCACCGACGUCACCGCCCAAUGCAGCAGACGUGCCGCAGGUGCCCGGGCCACUGGGCUCCCAUUUCUACCACGUGCCACUGCACCUUCAGCCAUCAGAGUGCGCACCGCCGUCCACUAUCUCAAAUCACCUCCUUGACAGCCCACUCAUCACGACUCGGAACACCUCUGACAACACCACCCAAACGGGACUGCGGAUCUUGAGUACGGGCAGUCGGCUCCUCAACCUCAUCAUCGGCAGCAGCAACGACAACCUGCCGCAGUCACCCAAGAUCAAGGAUCACCCGCUCGUGCCACACUUUGUGUCGCGGCCGCAAUUAAGCCGUCGCACCGCGCGGACCGUGUCUCUCUGCGAGGGCCUUGACCAUCGCAGCCACGAAUUCACGGUCGAGGAACGCCGGUCUCUGCUGCGCGGAGAUGACCGGCCGACCAUCAAGGAGUCGGUGCCGACGUCGGUAAUUGUCGACUUGGCCGCACCUCCGACGACCAUUGAGCAAGCUAAGCAGACCGACGAAUCACAACAUGACAAGAGAAUGGAAGAGCAGCCAGAGCCGUCGCCGUACGAGCCAAAUAGCUCAACCGAGAGCCUAGUCGAAAACAGUCAGUGCAGCACCGACAGCUACACUCAGUUGCUGCCACCAUAAUGCAGCGGCAGUGAAAUUAGUCAGCUUAUCUGGCUGGCAGGCCUUUCGACUGGUGGUCAGCUUUGAGAGAAGCACAACAACGCAAGUGCCAAACGGGCAGCACUCAAAUGAAUUGAGUGCUGCAAGUUCUUCACCAACACAGUGGCCCAAGUCACUGCUUUCCAAAGCUGACAACCAUUAUGACACAAGCCUGCACAUGGCCUGCCAAUUCGAACGAUUUCUGCACUGGCCAGACAUUAAACACCCGACAUAAGAUUUCAAGACACCGUCUCAUAAUGUGCACAACGUACUGCAGCUGCAUUUUCGUCUUGACUCUUCGGCUGCAACUGUGGUCAAGAGAGGUCACAUUUGCGAUGUUCAAAGCCAGGCACUGAAUCGUUGUGAUGUGAAAAAAUCGAUGUCAUCCACCCUCAGAGGAGUCCAGGCUGAGUGCAGAAAGGGAACAGCACUGUCAGCCAUGUGUCAUCUUAUGUAUAGUUAUAUGCAGACAAACUGUCGAGAACAGAGCAACCAUAAAGGCAAAUGCUGUUCCACUCGUGCCUACAGCCCUUCGCAAUGGUACGGAACAAAGCAAGGGCGGCAAGCAACAUUAUACUGCACGCAACUUUCACGCUGUCCAUAUGGUGGAGGCUUUCAGCGUGGCAAGUUGAGCAAAGCCUGCUCAGAAAGGCUUAUCUUAUGCACACUGAAUCGCUAGCAACGAAGAAAAGCUUGCACAUUAAGAGAGACAUGGUGUUAUUGUACGCCUACAAGUCUGAAAAUGAAGCACAGCAAACAUGUUACAAGUCGAAACAACUCAUUUGAAGGCAUCCUCAGCAGUAAUCUGCAAGUGCUUUUGCGUAUCGACUCAAUCGCAAGCAUUCUCAGUAAGCAAGGAAAAAGGAGGCAAUUUACAUGAAAACUGUUACGCCACUCCUUCAUGAAGGGUCACAUUUAAGGGCCGCACUUAAAGACUUAUCCCACCGAAAUGGCAAUCAGCCAUGGGCACGUUGCCACAGGCAAACCUGAUCAGUGGAUAUAGACAAUGUGCUAAUUGUUUGUCGACUUCGAGGAACAGAUCUCUGACGCGAGAUGCUCACCAGUGAUAUUUUUGUGCAUGUGAAAGUGUGUGUGCAGCUGUUUGUGAUUAUUUAAACUGCGUGGCGACUGUAAUGGACGUGUUGUGAUGUGCACUCAUGACUCAGUUCUCAGAAACAGUGAAAAUUUUUUUCUUUUUCUUUCGUUCUCCCUCAGUGGCACAUUUCAUUUCCACUGAAUGUGCCGAGAAAUGUCUCGGUUGUUGUAAUGCCUGUGGGGACACGUCUCAUGCCGAACUGAUGUUGUGUGCACCUGAUCCAUGCUUACACAAGGGUUCCGGUGAACUGUGAUGCAGUUUCGUAAACCAACUGUGGACUCUCGCAAACAACCCAAACAUUUUGUCGCACUAUUUUUUCAAGAAAAAUGUACUAUAAUUCAACCGCUGUGCCACUCCUGCAACCGGUGAAAUGACCAGUGAAAUUGACCUGAUAUGGUAAGCACGAAGAAGCAAGUGACCAUUUGCGUCAGCUUUGCCAUCAAAAUGCUCUUGAAAGAUGUGUAAUAAUUGGCGUUGACCUGAGAACCUGCAAGAGAGUGCUGCGAGACUGCUUGUUUGCAUGCAGGUGUGAUGGUGAUUCAGUUGUCAGAGCGAGUUUUAGCUUAAACAGACCUGCAUUGACUCGAAGCAUCCGGUAAUCAAAGCCUCUGCAGGUCAACAGCACAUCUUUGGUCUCCUUAAAGGGGUGAGGUAGUCAGAGGAACCAUUGCAACAAGGCAGUUAUCAUGUAGAAUACAGGACAGUGAUGCUCCCACUGUCAGGAGUGGUGAAGCUGUCUGUGCUGAACAGUAGCUCCUAUCGUAACUUGCUAGGUUCCGGAUGCUGAAAACUUCUCGCGGUUGGCAACCCACACUUGGCGGUUGCGAUGUCGAAGGAUGUUAGUUUAUUCUGGAGCGAGUGUCGGCACUUUUGCCCCCAUUUACAGGGUCUCGGGUGCACUUCUCUGGCUCGAUUCGCUACCCAUGUCGCUGCGGCCAGUGGCCGAGAAGAAACAUGGCGCCAACUAGGCUGGCAGCUUCAGUGCUGCGGAGUAUGCCCGAAGCUGCGAGGCCUCACGUGUGUGGGACGAUGGACUGAUGCAGCUCUUGUGAGAUGUGGGGAUGCACUAUCGUCCUGCGUGACUCGACAUAUCCCAAGCGGCUGCCAAUGCACAGUGUACGAUCUGGCAGAAAGAUUAGGUAGUAGUGUAUAUUCGGCAAAUUAGACGAGACUUCCAAGCGUGCCGAUCUUCUUCCUCAUGGAAGUUUUGUUGCAGACAGUAGGGAUGAUGCCUGCGACAGUACAUGUCGCUCUACGUACAGCUGUUCAUGCGACAUGAACAAAUGACAGGUGUGUGCACCUCCUCAUGAGCACAUCUCUGUUCUCUACAAGCUGAUUGAAAGGAAAGGGAGUCUCGUUUGUUCUUCGACCAAUGAUGAUAUGCAGUUUUUGAUGUGAACAUGCACGCAGCAUCACGCGUGCUGAGCUCCUUAUUUAUUUACCUCUUAUAUGUCACCCUUUCGUCACUGUCAUUGUUUCAGUGUUUUCCGUAGUGGUAUGUUUAAAAUGUAUGAAACUGCACGUUUUUCAGUGUUACCGGUUUCCGACGACAUGCCCAAGAUUGCGCACGAAUGAUGCGGCUGUUCAUUUGAUGACACGGGCUGCUAACAUUGUCUUGGUUUCCGUGCCCGCGUUAGUCUAUAAGUGAUUUGAAUGGGUCAAUUAUUUGUUUUGGUUUGCGUGGAAAUGAUUGCCGCAUUUCUUCCACAGCUUCAUGGAAACUUCACGGUGAAACAACAGGGGCUUUGCGAUUUCUAGCAGCACCUGUUUUAAAUAAAUUGUUGUAAUAGUUUAACCGCUGGCCAAAACAUUGCUAGCGUAAAGGAAUGUUUCAUUCCUGCAACGUCGAAAGAUGUCACAACAACACCGUCCUUUGCCUAAUCCAAUGUUUUUAACGAAUUUAUUUGACAUCAAGUAGGCUUGUGUUUAGGAAUGACCAAGUCCUGUAAGCAUGAAUUGUCGCAAAGGCUGCAGGGGACGUAGAAAGUUCAAUAACAAUGCAAAGGAAACAUGUUGGUACACGAAUGACGUGAAAUGUCUGCAACAUUCGUGGCACAACAAUUGGAUAUACUUAACAAUGAACUUGUAAGUGUAAUUGUAUUUUCCUGAAUGGACGGGUAACUGCAUUCUAUAUCAGUAAGGCCAUGAAGAUAGAAGAUAGAAGCAUGAAGAUAGACAAGAAACUAAUGGCCAAAUUGUAUGUCUAUAAGAAAAAGCAAAGAAAGACGGCUCUUCGUGCCAUUUCAUGCUAAAAGGACGACAUGCUCCCAGCAAUCCGAUCCAACAUUAUGCGACAAGAACAGUUGACCUGACGGAGUGCUUCACUUCCGUGAAAGUCUCCUGAGGGUGCUCAAGUAGACAUCCGCAGUAGGUAAACUUUCUCCCUUGCGUGUUUGACAAGCUGCUCGCCGCAUUGGUAAACGUAAACCUUUCGCCCAACGAAGUUGCAUCACUAGACAGAUAGGAUCGUCACAUUGACGAUCUGUUUUUUUUCUUUCCAACGUUUCCUUUUUUCUUCUUCUCGAGUUCCUGUUUAAAUGUGAUCUUUUCACUGUUCGCUACGGAUCUUUUACAUCCGGCUCGCCGAUUAGUGGAACGACUAAGACGCAGAUGUGGAGCUUUCUGUGAAAGCGUAUUGUAGAAUACAGUGACACCUGGGCGGUUCUCAGUUUCACCUGUUGAUUUUUUUUUUACGCAACUGCAUUUAUUAUGGCUUAUUGUUCCCGAUGAACACAUUACGCCAGCACUGCUUUGAACUGUUUACGUGAAUUCUCAGCAGGUCAUGGUUUCGUUGUGCAACAUCCGAGGUUCUUUAGUUGCUCUGCGUUUAGCAACUUCGACGGUUAUGCUGUUUGCAAGAAAUGAUGCAAGCUGUAGACUCUCUGUACUGAGCAACACCUGCAUUACUAAACUGCUGUCCUGCUGAAAAUAAAUUGCCUGAAUGCA